AGUUUCGAAUCCUGGGUUUCGCUCUGUGAUGCUAAGCGUUGCUUUGGUUCCUUACAAAGUUGCUGACUUUUUCGCAUGUUGUAGCUUCUUGGUUGCUCCGAGAUUUUGGGUUGGUCGUUCUAUCGUCUUGCUCGGAGCGAGCGAAAUGUUGUCCAAAAGGGGCGUGUCGAAUUCGUCGACACCUGAGUCGGCGGCGAUUUCUGAGGACAGGGAAGAAAUCGAAAGGAUUGGUGGCUUCAGUUCCUAGUUCUACCAAAAGUCAUGUCAAGAAAAAUUCUGGUGCAAGCAUUGGUGAAGUCGUGUUGCCUAAUAAUGACCCGGCCAAAAUUGAGGCAAUGACAUUUCACGAAUUGAGAGCUACAUUGAGGGAGAUUAUUGAGCAGGGAAGUGAAUAUUACUGAUGGAAAACCAUGAGGUCUUGAGAAUUUGCCUUCAACAAAGAGCAAGGUCUUGAGAAUCUGCUUUGUUCGGGUCAAGAUGGCGAGCUCCACAGCCGCACAAGUCCACGGUCUUAUGCUGUAUGGUCCGGGCUUGUAGCUCUGUCGACGGCAAAAGCAAGGUUUACAGAGAACUCGGGUUGUUUUCACUAAAAAGGAAGAUUGAAGAUGCAGUUCAACGCACUGAGAAGAUGGCUCCUACUGCACUGCAAAUUGAAGAAGCUAAAUGGAUUAAGCUUGAUGGACUGAUUCGAGAUUACAACCUUUGGGAUGAUCCUGAUAAAUCCUAUGAUGUUCUUGUGAAGUUGGCAGACAUGGCCAGAGCAGUCGAUGCCCUGAGGGAUUUAACUUACAAGGCGGAAGAAGCAAAGCUGAUAACUCAACUGGUGGAGAUGGAUGCUAUUAAUUAUGCUCUUUUUGAGCAGGCAUACGCUUCGUCUUUGGAUAUGAGUAAGUUUUGGACUUUAUGGGCUGAAAAACUACUGAGAAUGUACCAAAAAUGGGCUGAGAAGCAAGGGGAGAGGGGUGUUCAUCGAAUGAUAAGUGGUUCAGAAACUGGAUCAACAAUUGAUGAGGUCGAGAAAAGCCUUUUCUGUGUAAUGUGUUUCUGUUCUGCUACAUCAUUGGCCCCUAAAUUCCUGUCAGUUCCUCAUUUUAGUACUCAAAAUUAUAUCGACAGCCUAGCAGUUGUCGAUAUAAUUCCUCUGUUCCGUGAUUCGGCCCCUGACCUAAAAAUUAGUGAGGAGGAUUUGCUAAUCUCGUGCCCAUCGUCAUCGCCUGAAGUAAAAGUCAUUGAAGGCCGGUCUGGAGUUGUUAUUCAGCAUGUUCCUACUGGUUUUGUUGUCCAAUCUUUGGGUGAAAGGAGCAUUUUUGCAAAUAAGAUUAAGGCCCUCAACCGGUUGAAGGCUAAACUUCUUAUCGCAGCCAGAGAUGUAGGAGUUCCAGGCAUAAAUGGCUUCAAGAAGGAAAAUGUGUUCGAUGUAUGGGGAGACAAGGUCCGAAGAUAUGUUCUUUACCCUCGCAAGCAUGUGAAAGAUGUAAGAAGUGGUGUUGAAAUGCCUGACCUGUAUUAUGUUUUGGACGGUAAUAUAGAACCUCUGAUUGGAGCUCAUAUCCAGAUGAGACUCUCAAAUGACAUGCCUCCAUAG